AUGAAUGUCAACAGAAUUAUCUCAAACACUACAUCACGACGAGCUUUGACCCUUUGCAGCAAGGAAUCGAAGCGAAAAUUUGGUAGUGGAGGAGGUACAAGAGGUUCCAGAGGCCAUGGUUGGUGGAUCAACUACCGAGCGGGUAAGGGUGGUCGUCACUUGCAAGGAGAAUACAGUCACAUUGAUAAGGAAGAGCAAAAGGCGUGGAACGAUGCUGUAUUCUCGCUUGGAAGUCUAAUGGCUUAUGUGGAUAUUCAAAUAGAACCCUUGCAUCAAGAUUCUGCUGAAGAGUUGACACAGCAUAGAUUAAUUCUGGAAUUGGCAACGGAAGCCUUUCCUCGAGCUACUUCAAACUUCACCAAACUAUUGGAAGCCGAUGCAGAUGGAUACAAAUCAUCUACAUUGCACCGUAUUGAAAAGAAUGUUGGGAUACUAGGAGGUCACGUUUGGAAUGGUACAGGAAGGUGCCACGAAGAGUUUGUUUCACCUAUCAGCGCCACUAGUAUGAAGCAAUCAGAACACAUGGUACUAUCACACAUUCCUGGAACUAUCACCAUGCUUAGUCAACGGGUAGAGGAGAUAGACUCGAGGUUUAUGCUUUGCACUAAUCACGCCCCUCAUUUGGACGGUAAAGCUGUGGCGAUUGGACGUUUGGAUGAUGAAUCGUUGAAGCAAGUACAACGUUGGGAGAACACUUUGAUCACAGCAAAGGGUCACCCAUCCAACGUUGCUUUGCGAAUCAAGGAUUGUGGUAUUCUCAACGAAGAUGCAGCACAAUUAGCUUAA